CCUGUAACAACUUUGUGACUGUAGCAGACAUUGUUGGCUUGGAUCACAACAGCUAUGAAGGUCUUCCUGAUAUUUGCGGCGAUGGUUGCCAUGGUAACGAUUUGCCAUGGCCUGGCAAACGGUUGCGGCCAGCCAAUGAUCGCACCUAGGACUGCCGGAACGUCACGUAUUGUCGGGGGAGAGGAAGCAAGACAGAACAGCUGGCCGUGGCAGGUGUCUCUGCAAACGCCUGAUGGUUCUCACUACUGUGGCGGAACCCUGAUAGGUCGACAGUGGGUGCUGACUGCAGCACACUGUAACCAAGGGGACUACUUCCUGACAGACAAUGUUGUUGCAGGAGCGCAUGAUCUGUCCGAUACCACUGAAUCCGUCCAGGUGGCCAGUAUUGCAGCGUGGUUCCCUCAUCCAAACUAUAACCCACAGACUAAUGAGAAUGACAUCAUGCUGCUAAAGUUAGCCGAUCGGGUAAUCCGUGGCAGGACCGUGGACAUCGCCUGCGUGCCGCCGGCCGGGACUGACUACCCAGGCGGGACGAUGUGCUGGAGCACCGGCUGGGGGGUUUGGGCACCGGACGUCGACGGUAACGGACCUAUUGCUGAUGAGCUGCAGCAGGCAGACCUCCCGUUGCUAAGUGACGACGAGAGCAACGAAAUCAUGAGCAAUUGGGGCACAAGCUACACACCUGACAGCAUGAUCUGUGCCGGGGGUGAGGGUCCGGGAGCGGAUGGGGCAUGCAAGGGUGACUCUGGCGGCCCUCUUGUCUGUGAGAUAGACGGGUCGUACCAUGUGGUGGGGGUGGCCAGCUUCGUUGCAGGCGCCUGCGACACCAGCUACCCGACAGUCUUUGCGCGUGUCAGCGCCUUCAGCCGCUGGAUUGAACGCAUCAGGAGGAACAACCACUGAUCUGAUUGGUCGCAUACAGCGACGAGAGAAGACCACUCUUUGUAAUCAG